UGCUCCGCUCAUCUAGUCUCGAGCUACUACAACAUAAACCACAUACGUGUGUAUACGGUCUCUGCGAAUCAGCCGGCGGGCAGCACCCUUUCACAGGCAUUAUUUUUAAUUUCAGUCCCCUGUUUUCUUUAUUUAAAUCCUGCGCAUUAAGGACGCAUUUACAUGUAAUAGCGGAAAGAGUGUUGUGAUGGACAUUUUGAGGAGAAAUCUCCACACCUGUCUUUGUUAGCAAGUUAGCCUCGUUAAACUCCUCAGCCUUUAAGCAGCCCUCAUCUUUUAUUUACUUUCAUGGUUUUCUGUUCAUUGUUAUUCUUUAAAUUCAUAUUAUAAUAUAUUUAGUCAGACAGCAGUUAUAGCCAAACGUGUAUUAACGGAGGAGCUCUUUGUUCGUGGCUCAGGAACAGACCCACAUCAGCACCGCCUUGCAGUGAUGACGAGGAUGAUGAUGGUGCUGAAGAGGAGACAGAGCUGAGAGCUGAGUGUGUGUGGUUGCGUUGCGUUUGCAUCGGGAGCGGGCAGAACCCCCCUCCCCCACACACACUGCAUCAAUGUUCUCCCCCGACCAGGAAAACAUCUCCACAUCCUCAACCAAAGUGCCAGUCAAAUACGGAGAACUCAUUGUGCUCGGGUAUAAUGGCUCUCUACCCAACGGGGACAGAGGGAGAAGGAAGAGCAGGUUUGCUCUCUUCAAAAGACCCAAAUCCAAUGGCGUCAGACCAAGCACUGUUCAUGUAUCCUGCACCCCACAGGCGGCCAAGGCCAUAAGUAACAAGGAACAGCACAGUAUUUCCUACACGCUGUCACGAGUACAGACUGUAGUGGUGGAGUACACUCAAGACAGCAAUACAGACAUGUUUCAGAUCGGCCGCUCAACCGAGAGUCCUAUAGAUUUUGUGGUGACUGACACCGUUCCCGGGAGUCAGAGCAACUCGGACACUCAGUCGGUUCAGAGCACCAUCUCUCGCUUCGCAUGCCGGAUCAUGUGCCAGAGGACACCCCCUUACACCGCCCGCAUCUCUGCUGCAGGGUUCGACUCCUCCAAAAACAUUUUUCUGGGGGAGAAGGCAGCAAAGUGGAAGACGUUAGACGGACAGAUGGACGGUCUGACUACUAACGGCGUGUUGGUGAUGCAUCCUCGGCUCGGCUUCACCGAAGACUCCAAACCCGGUGUUUGGAGAGAGAUUUCAGUGUGCGGAAAUGUGUUCACUCUGAGAGAGACCCGCUCGGCUCAGCAGAGAGGAAAAAUGAUAGAAAACGAGACGCAAGAGUUGGUAGACGGCUCUCUGAUCGACCUCUGUGGAGCGACCCUCUUGUGGCGUACGGCUGAGGGGCUUUCCCGCACUCCUACCGUCAAACACCUGGAGGCGCUCCGACAGGAGCUGAACGCUGCUCGACCCCAGUGCCCCGUGGGCUUCAACACCCUCGCCUUCCCCAGCAUGCGCAGAAAAGACAUAGUGGACGAGAAGCAGCCUUGGGUUUACCUAAAAUGCGGCCACGUUCACGGCUACCACAACUGGGGGAACCGCGACGUCGAGCGGGACGGAAGAGAGGGCCGGGAAAGGGAGUGUCCCAUGUGCCGUGCUCGUGGGCCGUACGUGCCGCUGUGGCUCGGUUGCGAGGCGGGGUUUUAUUUAGACGCAGCCCCACCCACUCACGCGUUCAGCCUGUGCGGUCACGUGUGCUCGGAAAAGACAGCGGCGUAUUGGAGUCAAAUCCCCCUCCCCCAUGGAACACACACUUUUCACGCCGCCUGUCCCUUCUGUGCGCAGCAGCUCAGCGGUGAACAGGGAUACAUCAGACUGAUCUUCCAGGGGCCUGUGGAUUAAACACACUUGCCUACAACCCGAUAACCCCCCCAGCCUGCUUACUUACAAUAAAUAUUCAGAUGAACAUUCA